GUUUCACAGAAUAUAGUCAAAUGUGUUUUAUGGAAAAAGCCGAAUUAUGGUUGCUUGUAAAACCAUUUUUAUUGUAAACUUUUUUUUUUCUUUUUUUUUCCAAGGGAUUUAUUUGGCGCGUAUAUUAAGAAAUGCUUCAUGUGUCCUAUUCUACAUGAGUUCCUUUGACGCAAAAUAGUGAAACGUGUUGGAAAAUGACCGGUUUAUCCAGAAUGUAAGCGCGGGAAAGUAAAGACAAUGAAAGGGAGCUUGAAGGUUAUUCGGGGGUGGAGACUAUGGAGCGGGUGUCUGCCCAGCCCGCCUUCCCCCAAUCAAAUACCCGCGAGACCGUCGUUGCGUAAAUGCGCCCAAUCACAGAGAAAGAGACUCCAGCCAUUUCACAUGAGAGAGAGUUAGGCCAUUUUGUGUAGGAGGACGCUGUCUGACUUGACUAAACCCAUCCGAAAAGCGCUUGGUUCCUAUGUUAAUGGUCUGAUAUGAGCCACAGAAACACGAUAAGCUGGCAGCACAUGUUUAGCGGUAUUGUCAGCUGAUCAGGAUGGCGCACACACUCGAGGAGGCUCUCCAGACGAACACGGACAGCGAGGAAGAGUUCACCUGUUCUUCUGAAGACGACGACGAUUCGGAGGACGAAAGCUUUCAUUUUAAUGAGCGAUUUGAUAUAACAAAGGAUACUGUUUGUAACGAGAACGUGGCGCCUUCAUGUGCACAUCAUACAAGGGCAGCACGCAAGCGUUCAGUUUUCAACUCGGUUGAGAAACUUAAUGAAUGUGAGAAUGACAGCGACCAGAUGCCUGCUGCAAAGAGAGCCGGGACUCUUUCGUGGACAGCAGAGACUGAUGUUGACCGGGUUGCACAGACUCUGAGAUUCCUGCCUGCUCGGGAACCUGGACCGCAGUUGUCUGCUGCUGACUCGCACUCUCCCAUGAGUCUUUUCAAACUGUUUUUCACAGAGAGCGCCGUGGCAAACCUGUGCCACAACACAAAUGCUCAGGCUGCCAGGGCAAUUGCAAAGGGCCGCAAGUACAAAUGGACCGAUGUCGGUGUUGAUGAGCUGUACCGCUACAUCGGACUCGUAUUCUACAUGGCCGCGGUGAAGAUGAGCUCCAUCGCUGACUACUGGCGGCAGGACAGCCUUUUCUCUCUGCCUUUCCCCGCCACAGUUAUGCCACGGGACAGAUACCGCACCAUUUCAUGGAAUGUGCACAUGAGUCACCCAGACGCAGACAAGGAAAACGACAGAAAGAGGGGCACAGCCCAACAUGACCGUCUGUUCAGGAUCAAACCCCUCAUGGACACUAUUCGUCUUGCGUGCAAAGCCUUCUAUCAUCCCAGAAGAAAUGUAGCUGUGAAGGAGAGAUUGGUGGCAUGCAGAGCAAAUACCGGAAUGACGGUGUACAUGAAAGCCAAGCUGACAAAGUUCAAGUUUUUUGUCCUUUCAGACUCCUCAAAUGGAUAUACUGUGGACUUCUCUGUCUACACGGGCAAGAAUAGCUUUCUCACAGACCGUGGGCUUUCGUAUGAUGCUGUGAUGUCUCUCCUGGACCGUAAAGUUUUGGGCUCUGGGUAUCAUGUGUACAUGGAUGAUUUCUACACAAGUCCAAAGCUCUUCACAGACUUGUUUGCUCUGAAGUUUGGUGCUUGUGGGACGUACAGAGACCAGAGGAAGGACUUCCCGAAGACUGCAGCUAAUUCACUGAGCAGAAACUCCAGCAGGGGAUCCAUCAGGUGGAUUCGGGAUGGGCCUCUUGUGUGUGUGAAGUGGAUGGACACGCAAGAGGUGUCUGUUUGUUCCACCAUCCAUGCUGCCUAUACAGGAGAGCGCGUGCAAAGGAAAAUCAAAGCACAACAUACAUGGAAGACGAAGAUUUUACCAUGUCCUGCACCUGUGACUGCAUACAACCAGCACAUGGGGGGUGUUGACCUGUCCGAUCAGCUGUUGCAAUACUACGCUGCGCAGCACAAAACCAUGAAGUGGUACAGAAAAAUCUUCCUACACUUCUUGGACAUUGCCGCCAACAACGCUUUCAUAUUGCACAAAGAGCUGCACGGCAACAUGACUCACGAUGGGUCACGGCACCAAUGUAACCCCUCUCUCCCGGGUCCUCUCCACCACACCUCGCUCUUGUUCCGAAAGUAG